AUGACAGCCAACUCGAAAGCGAAUUUUUCCUCAGUUUCGGACAUCAUUGGUGCCCUGCAAAACACGCUCGCUCAUUCACAAGUAAUCAUACCAGACCUCGAAACCCAGUAUCCUGUUAGCAAUACGAACUACUCUGCCUUCAAGCUCGAUUACCAGAACAUCAGUGCCAUCAUUACCAAACGCCAGCAGCAAUUGGAUGCAGUAUCCCACGAAAUCUCACGUUUUGAAACAGUCAUAGAUGGUAUCUACCAUAUUCACCAGCAACUAGUCGCGAAGAAGGACAAGAUCACUCAGUCCAUGAAUUCGCACAAGCGACUUGUAUCAGCUCUCUGGCGCUUGCCAGCCGAAAUCCUAUCCCAGAUUUUUGUUCACUGUCUCCCGAUUGGGUACCGCUUGUCGCCCGCGUUAGAGGCAGGUCCUACGCUACUGACAAAAAUAUGUCGACGAUGGAGGGAGGUUGCUGUGGAUAUGCCUAGUUUGUGGCAAGAACUAUAUGUGGGCACGGACUGGCAGCGGGCAGCUUUCUGUUAUGAGACAUGGCUCAAGCGAUCACGAGGGCGUCCGCUCUCGUUGGAACUCCAGUGUCACAAAAAUGACUGGACCGAGCUACGAAGUCUUCUUCAGCCCCACAUAAAUCAAGUCUCAUCUCUGUCUCUUCAUUUUUACACGAACGGCUUCCAACCUGAAUUUAUGGUAUCAGACUUCCUCGCACUUGAGGAGUUGACCGUAUAUUUGUGUUCUUCUAAUUCUGAGGCUCGCUUUGUCCAAUCUAUCUCGCAACCACCAUGCACUUUACGCAGUUUCACGGUAAUAGGGCCGUUCUUCAACAUGGAGUACGCCUCUACCUUCAAUCCCACCUGGGCCCGCCUCACAGAUAUCCAGAUCGAGCUAGAUGAACCAAAUGCAUUCCCCCAAUUGCUCCGUUUAUGCCCCAGUCUCCUCUCCUUGACAAUAUUAACAUCUUUUAUCGCCACGGAGGCCUUAGCGCCAUUCACGCACACCCGACUCCAAUUCUUACGGAUCGAUUCCGACAAUGUUUAUGACGGUGACACAGAGCAUCUUCACCUAUUCGAUACUCCCUCACUUCCCAAUUUGCGCGUUCUCGAAACUCGCGGUAUAUACCCAUGGCCUCAUGAGGAAUUCAAGGCGUUUUUGACGCGGUCAAAGUGUCCCCUGGAGAGCCUGACGUUUGGCUUCGAAGAGUCGAUAAAAGAUCACCAGCGAGCGGAAUACGUUGCCCUUAUUCCUUCUCUCAAAGAAGUACUAGUAGUGAGAUGA